CCAUGUGGCUUCUGCGGUCAUUCUGGAGUGCCUGAGUGCACCAUCAGAAUCGCAGUACCAAGCAGUGGGGCGCCCACCUGGGAAACAAGAUGUAUAUACCAGCACUCAUUCAGGUAUGGGUCCGUUGAUUCGGGAUCGAAGAACAAGCCCUGUCGCAACCUACCCCUCAAAUGCGAACUUUGUCACCCUGUUCCCAUGCUCCCUGUUGAAGCCAUAUGGCACUACAACAUGACGGUGCAUAUCCUGGGCCAGCACGAGGAAUUCGCCAUACCUGGACAUAGAGAGGCGGGGGUCCCAUUGCCAGUAAGUGUUUGGAGGGUGAUGAAACUUACGGAUCUUGAGCAGGGCGCUUCGCGCAUCCCGAAG